AUGGUGACCAUAGGGUCUGAGCUGAUCUCUGACCUGCGCCACACGAAUGACUUCCUGAACCAACAGAGGAACAUUCUCUCUGAGAAAGGAUUCAAGGAAACUUUAGCAGGCCAGACACAGAUGUUCGAGACCCGGCUGCUGAAAUCGCAAGGUAUGAUUGGCACUGAGCAUGCCAGGCAGCUUUCAGAACUCUUGAGUGGUGGUCCAUGGGAUGCUGACAUGAAGGAGAGGUUGGGAUCAGCUUUGAACAAAGCGCUCCUUCCCAAAGAAGGAGCUGUUCAUGGAGCUUCUGGCUCACCCCGACGUGCAAACCAAGAGUGCCUCUGCUUCACAAAGUACCUCACAGCAAAAGAGCUCGAAGUGCUCGCUUCAGAUUGUCACCAUUCGACCAAGGUCGAAACAUUGAUGAUGAGAAUGGAAAAGAUUGGCUUGCACUUAGCCACUGAACGAACAUAUGCUAGCAUCGUUGGCUCAGCUGCCCAGCUGGGCAUCAAGCUGGGUGCAAAUCUCACAGGUGAGCAAUUGUUGCAAGACUUGAAGUCGAGAUUGCGGUCGUAUCUGAAGCACAGGCCAAGGCUUGAUGCAUCCUUGUUUCUCAUCAAGUACCCGGCCACGCCUGAUGAACUGCCUGAUGCGCUCUGGCAAAGAGCGUACUCAAAGGAUGAUCAGCCUGAGGGCAGGGACGUCCAUGCAGAAUACGUCAGGAUGAGGAAGAGAAGGGAUGCGGCCCAGCAGACCAUGAUGGCCACGGGCAGCGGUGGGGUCAGCACUGGACGCGAAGGUGGGGUCAGCCCCAUGGAAGUCCUUAUGCAGUUCAUGCAGACCAUGAUGGCCCAGCAGAACGGCGGCGGCAUCAACCUGCAGAUGAACUUGCCCAGGAAGAGGCAAAAGGCUUUGGAGGACACUUCUGCAGAGAAAACGCCGCUGGCCUUGGAAGACAAGAAGGAUGAUCCCGAGGAGAAGGAUGACCAGAAACAGGAGAAGGAUGAGAAGAAGGCCGAGAAGAAGGAAGAGAACAAAGUGAACUUGUUUGACCUUGAUGUCACUGCUGGGAAGCCAGCAGAUGCCAAAGAGCAUAUGGAAAAGACUUCCAAUGCCAUGCAGAAGCGAGAGGGCAUGAUGAUGCUGAUGAUGGAGACCUGA